AUGUUAAAUUUCGCCGUGUGGUUAACUCUGAUAUUAGCCGUGUGCAUCGCAACGGACGUCGAGGUAAAAAUAUAAUAAUUUAUUAACCGUGAAUUGCAGUCGUUUAUAGUAACAAUUAUAAGUAUAGUUAUGCAUAUAAUACUAUUUAUUGAUUAAAAUGUACAACAAUUAUUCUAGGAGUGAUUAUCAGUCCUACAAUUAAAGCAGAUUAUCGUAUACAUAUAAUUACAGUUGCGAGUUGUGAACAAAAACAUGUAUAGUAAAUUCUUAGAUUAUUAUUAUUACAAGUUUAACGUCGAUUUAUUUUGUACCCAAAUUUCUUAUAAUUAAAAACGAAACAAAAAAACCCUUUUUAAAAAACAAUUUAGUUUUAAGAAUUUACAUCAUUAUUAUAAGUGGUAUAAAAAAACAAUUAUUUAUUUGUUUAGUUAUAAUAGUGAUACGAAAAAACCAAAUGGGUGCGCAGAAAAUUGUGGCAAGAAUACGCGAUCGUUUUCAACGUAUUGUCGUUAACGUUUUCUUCUAUAUUUGAGUUCAUUGGUAUUCUCAUUGGGCAAAACACGUUCCAAAUUCCGGUCCAUUAACGAUAUAACUUUCAUAAACUUGACGAUAACCAUGAUUUCAUCAACAUGUUCACGCUUUUCAUUUGCUAAUCCAUCACGAAAAUUUCCUAACGAUGUAACAGAGGAAAAUUUUUGUUUCAUUAAACACUAAUUAAAUAUCGUCAAAUUAUAAAAAUGAUUUACUGAAAACCAAAGAGAUUGUUAAAAACGCCCGAGCCUAGUUGCUGAGCAACGUAGCCCAGAAAUCAACAAAAAUCUUACAAACGAUUGAUAGUUAUUCCAUUUAUUAUAGAAACUACAAAGAAAAAACCCCUCAUUUCAGCACCUAGAUCAGAGUUCAACAGGAGAGUUCCUAUAAAGAUCACAUAAAUUAAUUAGAUUCUAAAUUUAGCAAAACAACCGGACAUACUUCGUGUGGUGAAAGGGCCACUGUAUUAAGUGAGAUGUUGGGAAGUUAGAGAGGAGAUUUAACACCUGUAUGCAAAGUUUAGUCAUUGCUAACGAAAAACAAUUAUGAAUGGGGGGUUCAGUUUUACAAAUUUUGAAAAGCCGUAAUAUUUAUUAUUUGAAAAUAAUACAUUUCGUAAUGACAGUUUCAUCAAAAAACUUAUUAAUAAACUCAUUUGUAAAAUCAUCAACAAAUUUUUUGUAUGAUCUAUGUUCCUGUGUUAAAGCUUAAGAUUUCACAUAGCCCAAAGUAUUUUUAAGAUAUUAUAAAUGCAUUCAUUUAUUUUUUUACCACUGUUCCGUACUUUCAAAAGACGUGUAUUAACAUUUGCUACUUAUUUACCUUUAUUAAGCAAUUCUAAACAAAAUGUAAAUAAUACUAAUUAUAGGAUAUUAAAUAAAUGGCUAUAAAAUGCUUUAUGAAAUGGGAUAAAUUUUUCACUUUAGGUAGCGUCCGGGUAAAGUUUACUAUUGGACACCGCUUUUCCAAACAUGAUAAACAUAAAGUGACAUACUAAGUAAAUCCCAUAACUUUUUUUUAAAUUUGCAAUAUUCUUGAUAAGUUUAUUUUUUAUUGAAUACACACAUUAUAAAUUUAACAAAAGAAAAACAUUUAUUAGAAACAAAAUACAAUAAAAGUUUAUUUAACUUAAUAACAUACCGAGUAAACAAAUAGCUGAAUACAACUUUGGAUAAUCUAACAUAUCGGAUGUAUAAUAUUUUAAAAAGGAUUAAAAAUUACACCGUUAUAAAUUUGUAAUACUUAAGUAUCACAAAAUACUCAUUACUAUACACUAACCAAACCAUUAGAGUUAUUUGAGACACGUAUCUCAUCAAUUACGUUAAGUGCUAAUUCUAAAUUAGUUUUAACCAAUUUAAACUCGGUCAAACUUAUUAAGUUCGAAAAAUUCUGUAUGGAACGUUAUAAGAGACGGAGAUGAGCAAAACAGUACGUGCAGAUAUAUAUCACUUUCUCUUAAGAGUUCAAUAUUAAAAAAAAAAAACAAACACUUACAACUGCCAUUGUAAACGUUUCAAAUUAUUAUAAAAAAAAUGAUUAGUAAACAAACAAGAAAAAAUAAUGUAGACAAAUUGUCCAUGUUGGAAGUAUGCGUAUCGAUCGAAUAAACAUUAUUAGUAGAAAUAACGAAUGUUUGAACGACGUUAACAUUAGUUUGAAAUCGAAAGCUCUAAGUGAGGAUACUGCGUGAACUUGAUCCCCUCCUCAAAAACAAAAUUUUCUGGAAAUGGAUGAUCUUAAAAAUUUCAAAAUUAACGUUGCGAAGUGUUGCAAAUCAGUUUGAUAACAGUGAAAAAAUUGGCAUUGGUUCGAAGUCUAUAGCUUCAAAUGGGGUAGCAAACCUCCUAAACUUCAUACGAUUGUCAACAUUGGACUUUUUCGCUCGUUUGCUCGUCAUUUCAAAGAUAAAUCGACACAAUUAUUCUAUCACAUUAUAAUAAUGCCCGAUGUAUAAUACAUAAUUCAAAGUAAAUCUGGGUUUUAAAUUCUGAGUUGAGUGAGGGAGGUUACUAUAAGUUUUACUGCAAUGUGAGCUUAUUUGUAUACUUUUUAUGUCUGUAAACAUUUUUUAUGAUAAAUCUUGCUUCAAUCCAAAAAUUGGUCUGCUCACGUUUUUCCCAAUUUUCAAGAAAACUAUUCAGUGCAUAUAUUUCUAUACUUUCACUAUACCGCCAGCUUCACUCGGAAUAUUAUUUUGGUUACAGUGGUUUAUCGUUGAUUCUGGUAUACAAAUUUAACUUAUCAUAUAAUAACUUCUAAUCUUAAUACAUACAGUAGAUUACCCAUGCAGAAAAGUACUCAUGUCAAGUUUUAAAAAAAUAUUAUGUUAAUUUAUAUAGGCUGGACCGAUAUUACAACAGAUUGCCAAAGACAACAAUAUAAAGUCUGGAAUGUCCAAUAACAUCUCCGAGGUAAGAUACACAACAUAAUUGUAUGCAUUAAUAGUUCUGGUUGAAAAAGAAAGGUUUUUACUAACAACAUAGCAUUUGUAUAUUAAAUUUUAAAUAUUCGACAAUUUACAAUAAAUGAGGUGAUUCAACGAAAAAAACGAUGUUUUUUAUUAUCCUUAGUUUUUGGUAGGGCAAAUCUUCUUUUUAGACCUUUAGGGUGUUUUUAAUUGUAACUACUGAUGUAGGUACAAUAGUCAAUUAAUUUAAUUAAUUAAUCACUAAUUUAAGAAGAAAAAAAACCGUGUCAAAGAAACAAAUAGGUAUUCAAUUGCUAAAUUCAAAACGUACAUUGGUAAUUAUUUAUAAAUGUUUUGAAUUUUAAAACUAAAGGUACCAUAGAAAAUAAAUUAUUUAAGUUGAUUUCAAAUUUUUCAAUUCCUUUUUUUUCUGUAAAAAAAAAAAUAGUGUUUAGUCCAAAAAUCAUAGUUCCCCGUUAUAUUAAGCAAAGUGAACAGAAACCAAAAAAAUGAAGAACAGUGCAACUGACAUCAACGGUGACCGACAUUUAUUUACGAACGAUUAGUAUAUUAGGUAUACGGGAACCAGGUGCGACCGUAGGAAAUUUCGAAGGGAGUUAAGUUAGGUAUCUUUAUGGAAAAUAACAACCGAUUAAAUAGCCGGCCUAAAAUAAUCUGUCCCUUGAAAAUCAAAGUUUGUCUCCUGUUUGCGUACCAAGAUUAAAAACGUGUGUAGUCAUUUUGAAGGUUUGGAAACUUCUCACAUGAUUUUAUCUGUAUGUAAUGAUAAACCAUUACUAAAAUAAAAAAAAAACGAUUCGGAGCGAAGUUUCUGUUAUACGUGUGCGUAAAUUUUCCGUUUUUCCCGGUUCUUUUUCAUUUACAAUGAAUUUCCCAUAUAAUGGGAAAAUCAAAAAAUAACUGAAGUACCAUCCCAGACCAAUUUCUUUUCAGAAUAGGCGUAUACUUUAAUAUCACAGAAAAAAAAAACAAACAAUAUUAUAAAAUUAUUUAUAUAAUUAUCCUUUCGCUCAGAAUCUAAAAUAACAGUAAUUUGUAAUUUUACCACAAAUCUAUUUUAAUUUUUUUAUGUUAAUUUAAAUUGAUAAAAAUAACUUGCUCGUUAUCAAUUUAUAUACACUAUACAAAUAUGAUAAACCUCAACUACGGAACGGUUAAUUAUAGUAUAAUUUGUAUUAAAUAAAUUUUUGAUCAUUCUAUCUCGCAUGAUUAAAGAUUAUUUAUGUGUAAAAAUAAAUAUCUAUAACUAUCGAAAUAUAAUUAUAAUUAUACCGACUUUUUUUUUCUAAUAAGCGUUUUGAAAUCAAAUUUAAACGAAAAUCGCAAAAAAAAAAUUACGACACUUCAAGUCAAUAAUCAAGCAAUGGUUUAUCGUUGCUUACAGAUAUAAAUGAAAUAACCUUAUGUGUCCUACCUUCCCAAUUUCUCACCUACACCAAUGGCCACUUCCAUCCCCAGUAUUAGCUCUUUUUUAAUUACAAAAUUCAUAUUUUUAAAUAUUUAAUUUUUGCAGGCCGAUACGUCGACAUUUCCGAUCGUCCAAGAUAACCGUAUAACGUCCGAGCUGACUGAUAUUGUCGCCGAGGUAAGGGAUACGGUACAAUAAUAUCGUAUUUCCAGUUAAAUAUGCUACGAUUCGCCAAAAAAGUAUUGAUAGUAUUUCAUAUUAUAAUACAAUUAUUUUGAAAAUAUUUAAUAUCUAAUAUUUAAGACCAUUCAAUUUGUGGAAGUCAAUUUUUUUUUCUCUAUUCCGAGUAUUUAUUACAUGAGUAGGGCUUGUAGAAUUUACAGGAUCUAUAGAGUAUACGAGAUAUACGAGUAUAAUGUGCAACAAAUCUAUUGUAUGAAAACGAAAAAUGUAAAAUAAGUAAAAUAUGCGAAAAGAAAAUUAUAUAAUUUAUUAUUAGUUUUUACCGAAAAUUGACCCAGUAUUGGAUCGAAGUAUGAAAUCAUAUACCGAAAAACUGAUUGGAAUUUUAUUUUGAUAUUUUAUAGUACCUAUACGAUUAUUUAUAAAACUGUAAAAAUACUAUUGCAGUAAAUAUAAUUAUGAUUAAAAUAUGGUUUCAAAUGUUUGGGAAAUUUAAAUUAUUUUAAAUGAAAAAACUGUUUUGUUUUACCGGACAAUUUUUGUUGCAGUACCUAUUUGUUAUAUAGUCCGAUCGGAAUAAAAUAAGAAACCGAUGAUAAUAAUAUGUUUAAAUUAUCGAUGUCGUUAUAGCCUAUGUCGAUCCUUCAACAGAACGCCACCGGAAAAUCAUCGGAUUUCAACGUGUUACUGAAACGCAUUAACAUGAACAACGAGGAAUUCUCAAAGAAAUUUCCUAACGGAAUCACAGACUACUAUUCGUACUUGGACACUGUGAGACGCGCGUUUACCGAAGUACAAUAAUAAUUAUACCUAUGCGUUACUAUACCAGUGGCACACGCAUGAUUUUUCAACUGGGGGAGAAACUAAAUUAAAAAUUGUACAUAUAAACAUAAUUAUGCAACACGAUUAAUUAUAUUCAGUUACUCAGUUGAAUAAGUGGUGCGAAUAUGUGAUAAUUACUAUUUUAUUAGUAAUAAUUUAUCAAUGCUGAAUAGUUUAUAUUAUUUUUUUUAUAUUUUACACGACCAAUACGUUGGGGCUUAAGAUUCCUUAACCCCUGGGUACGCCACUGGUCCAUACUAGGAGAUAUUGUGAAAUCAUUUAAAAACGAAUACGUUAUUUUUUACAGUAUCGAUUAACCCAUCGUGAGACAACCAGUGAACCCAACUUUUACAAUUAUGGAUGGUAG